CGACUUAUCGCUGCCAUACAGUUCAGUCAUCCGGCAAACAUCAAUCUGUUCGGAUUAAGUUGCACUGGAAAUAUGUUUGGAGGCACCUGCGUGGCUCUCAUUGGGGUAUGGGUAUUGCCCGCUCUCUUAUCACCUAUCCAGGCGCAGCAGCAGCAGCACCAGCAGCAGCAGCAAUGUGGCAGACUGAGACAGGCGCAGCUGUAUAACCAGAGGGAAAUUACAGAUCCGGAUGAGCACCCGUGGCUGGGACGUGUGGGCUACAGCAAAGUGAAUGAGUCGAACCCUGAGGAAUAUUCGUACCUCUGCCUCUCUGUACUCCUCAGCGAGCGACACGCGAUUCUGCCGGCUCAUUGCAUACUGCUGGAAAGUGCUAUGGAGGCCACAAUUAUACUCUUCGGAGACUGGAAGUCCAACGAAAACACUCACCGGAGGGACUGCCUUACGGCGGAGAAAUGUGCACCCCCGCCGGAGCCCUACACGAUCAUGGAGCUGGCCGUUCAUCCGCAGUACGAUGGACGGCGAUACGACAACGACAUUGCUCUGGCCAAGCUAGAUCGCAACGUUCGUUUCGGGGACUAUGUGCAGCCAUUGUGCCUGCCGCCGGACCACGAGAUCGACGGCAAUCACAUUGGCCAGCGCCUGGAGAUGGUGGGCUUCGCUCGCGACCUCAACCCGGCGGGCAGAUGGCGCUCGAAGCACCAGGUACACACGCUCGGCUCGGAGUACUGCAAGUCGCAUCCUGGCUUCGACAUGUUCGACCUCACCUCGAAUCAUAUCUGUGGUCUGAUCUCUGGCAACGAUAUCCUCAUGUCUGGCUCGCCGAUGGUGGGCGUGAAUGUCGUCUACGGCAAUCCGGCCAGCUACUAUCUGAUUGCGAUCGUUAAUGUGGGAUCGUCAAUUAAAAGGGAAGGCUUCCCAGGCGCGUUUAUGCGCAUCCACCCGUACAGGGAGUGGAUUGUUCGAAAUAUGGACUAAAUACGUCACAGCUCAGCUAACUCUCGGUGUCUCUCUCUCAGAAAUAAUCUCACAAUAAACCGGAUUAAUUAGUUCCAUUAACAGACGACUCAGCUUAAGUUCGGAAAGAGCUCCACUCGUUGCUAAGAUUGAAAAAAAAAAAACCUCCACAGCAGGCACAACCCGUAAAUAUAAUAAAUAUAAAUAAUAAUUCCAAGAAAUAUUUGAAAUGGUGACCCCGAUCAGAGUGCCAAUCGCACUGGCCAUUGCCAGGUGCGCCUCAAGUUCUUUAUGACUGUCGAUUAGUAAUAAAUCAGAACCGAUAGACAAUUUCGGGGAAUUUAUUUACCCAA